AUGGAGGAAAGCGACGACGAAUCCGCCGCCAGCUCGCCCGCCUCGGACUCCGAGCGUUGCCGCGGCGAGCCGGCAGAGCGCCCGGAGGGCCGAGCCCCAGAAAAAACGGCGCCAGCCGCCGGGGCCGGCCGGCGGGCGGGUUUUGGUGCGCGCACGACCCCGGCGGCACCGCCCCUGGCUGGCAGCCUUCUGGCGGAGACCGCGGAGCUGCCGGGCGGGCGGACGGACACGGAGGGCAGCGGCGGGCUGACGGACUCGGAGGCCGCGGCGGUGGUGCUGUCGGACCUCGAGGAGGCCGAGCCCUCGGAAACGUACGCCAAUGUGCACGCGUUCCGCAAGUUCGUGAAGCGGUUCGGCCCGCAGAAGUUCCUCGAGCGGUUCCUCCCGCCGGACGUGUCGGGCGAGUCGAUCGUGCAGCUCCUCCUGAGCUUGGGCUACGUGCCGCGCAACUUGCCGCCCAGGGUCGGCGCGGCCCACUACGUCAAACUCAUGAGGCUUCUCGAGCUAGCCAUGGGCCGCAUCUGCGAGUUGCGGCCGCGGCUCGAGAACUUCUGCUCGGUGGCGCACGUGCUCGGCGCGCUCCGCACGGCACGCAACAUCUUGGUGAUCACCGGGGCCGGGAUCUCCACCAGCCUCGGGAUCCCGGACUUCCGCAGUUCCGAGGGCUUCUACUCGAAGAUGGCGGCGCUCGGGCUCGAGGACCCGCAGGAGGUGUUCGACAUCCGCGUGUUCCACGACAACCCGAUGGUGUUCUACUCGAUCGCGCACAUGAUCUUGCCGCCCAAGGACGUGCGGGCCCCGCUCCACAGGUUCCUCACGUUGCUCCAGGACAAGGGCAAGCUCUUGCGCAACUACACGCAGAACAUCGACAACAUCGAGGCCAACGCGGGCCUCCGCCCGGAGAAGAUGGUCCAGUGCCACGGCUCGUUGGCGUCCGCCUCGUGCGUCACGUGCAGGUACCAGGUCGAGGGCACCCGCCUCUACCCGGCCUUGGAGAAGGGUGAGCUCGCGUACUGCCCGAGGUGCGACAAGAAGCGGCUCGCGUGCAUGCGCCGCGACGACAGCGCGGACGACCCGAGCUUCGGCGUCAUGAAGCCGGACAUCACCUUUUUCGGCGAGGACCUCCCCCGCGCCUACCACUCGCAGCACGCCCGCGACCUCCGUGACUGCGACCUUCUUCUCAGCAUCGGCACGUCGCUCCGCGUGGCGCCCGUGUCCGACAUGGUGGACAAGGUGGCGCCCCACGUGCCGCAGGUCUUGAUCAACAGGGACCCGAUCCCCAGCUGCAACUUCGACGUGUCCUUCUUGGGCUACUGCGACGACACCGUCAGCUACUUGUGCGACCAGCUCGGCCGCGACUGGGACAUCGACCACCCGGACUACCGGAGCAUCGUGGGCGCGGACCGCCGCAACUUGGAAGUGCACGGCACGGGCGAGAAGGGCGUGUUCGAGGUCCACAACCGCGCCCGCGCCGCCAAGCUAGCCGCGGCCGCCCCGAAGCCGGCCCCGGGGCCGGACCUAGUUCUUUUGGAGCCCGAGCUCCCGUAG